UGAAAUUACAUGAAAAAUGCUUAAAAUGUAUAGUUCUGUGGGAAAAAAAUCCAUAUAUAUUUAUGAUAUUUAAAAGCAGAUUUCCCUGAACAGUUUUUCCCCUACCUUUCCAAUCUGAAUCAAAAUAAACAUCUAUUUUGGAUGUUUUCUGUCCACUAGUCUAAGAGGACAUGUGAUGGAGGCAAAAUAGCCCAAAAUCUCAAAAUUAACAUAUGUAGCUGUACAAUAUUGUAUACAAGUAAAGUUAAAACCACCAGUCCACCUUCAUGUUAACAGAAAACAAUAUAAGUUGAACGAAAAAUGAAGGAAAAGUACUUUUUACAUUUUAAACUAAUUUCAAGGUGGAGCACCUGAAUGCAGCAUCAAAUAUUCAUCUGUGUCUGUGGUGCGUUCAGGUGCAGUGCAGGUUGCUGCUGUUGUUCUCUCUCUCUCUCUCUCUCUCUCUCUCUCUCUCUCUCUCUCUCUCUCUCUCUGUGUGCGCGCGCGCGCGUGUGUGCGUCCUCACACACUGCAAACGUGCGCAGACUCAGAGCACAGCGCACCGUGCUGCACGCAGAAAAGUGCCGUCUGCAGAGCGCACGGGUCCGGGGUGCGUUCGAUUUCUCCCCCUGAUCACACGAUAUAGCAACACGGAGCAGAGCUCACCAAAAGAGCAACUGCUUUGUAUUAUAUUUCUGCUGCAGUAACACUUUUACAUUUUAUUAAAAAAACGCAAGGAGAGCCAACCCAAUAUAGGACUACAACUGUUAUUGUUUAUUUUCAUAUAUUUUUUAGGAUGUACCUAACUACAUAUCUUUUUUUUUCUCAAUAUUGUGUUGCAGAGUUUCGCACAUAUUUUUACUUAAAAACAUUUUUUCUACAGCUACUCGAUGCUUAUCUAAUGGACUACCUACAAUGCAACAAAGUUUCCCCUCAGAAAAAGUAUUUCAGAUUUCUGCAGCUCCACCCGGGCGGGCAGACCCUGUGAUUAAAUGACGCCCUCCUCGGUGUUGUUUCGGGGCGGAGGGGGUGGCUGUUCCGUGUGUCGGCGCUCCCUCCCUCCGCCAGCAGGUUCAUCUCUCCGCUCCGUGUUUCAACAUCCGUGUGAGCGUCCUCCACCUCCCCGCCGCUCCUUCUCUGCAUCCUCCCCGCAGAGCCGCUCCUGCAGGCGGAGGAGGAGGCCGAUGGAGGACCGGAGCGUGUCCGCCUGUCAGCCCGGGAUGAUUCACUGCGGCGGCGGCCAAUAAACGGAUCUAAUAUUCCCAUCAUAUCCCAAUAAGAGCCGCGGGCUCUCCCAGCGUGUCUGCGGUGCUCCACAGGUAGCGGAGCUCGUCGUGCUGCAUGGCCUCCGUGGCUGCAGGUUUCUGGGGUUCUGCCGCCUGCUGCUCGCACUCCAAACUCUCCAGAACCGGCAGUCUGAAACCGAGGAGAGGCCGCUCCCCGCCAUCCAUGUCGUCCAGCCGGAGAUGUUCGGGCGUGUCCGGCCUGGCGGGCGGAGCGGUGUCCCCGGGGCCCGUGGUGGCGGAGGUGGUGGAGCCUGGCGGGGAGGCCAAGAGGGAGCUGUUCGAGGCGUGUCGGAGCGGAGACCUGGAGCAAGUUCGUAAACUGGUGACGGCCGAGAACGUGAACAGCCGGGACACGGCGGGGAGGAAGUCCACGCCGCUGCACUUUGCUGCAGGUUUCGGCCGUAAAGACGUCGUGGACUUCCUCCUCCAGAACGGAGCCAACGUCCACGCCAGGGACGACGGCGGGCUGAUAUCCCUCCACAACGCCUGCUCCUUUGGGCACGCCGAGGUGGUGAGCCUGCUGCUUAACCACGGGGCGGACGCUAACGCCAGAGACAACUGGAACUACACGCCACUUCACGAGGCGGCCAUCAAGGGCAAGAUUGACGUGUGCAUAGUGUUGCUGCAGCACGGCGCCGAGCCGACCAUCAGGAACACGGACGGUCGAACCGCUCUGGAUCUGGCUGAACCGUCCGCCAAAGCGGUUUUGACGGGUGAAUACAGAAAAGAUGAGCUGCUGGAAAGUGCACGGAGCGGCAACGAGGAGAAGCUGAUGGCUCUGCUGACGCCGCUCAACGUCAACUGUCACGCCAGCGAUGGGCGAAAGUCGACACCGUUGCACCUGGCAGCCGGAUACAACCGCGUGAAGACGGUCCAGCUGUUACUGCAGCACGGGGCUGAUGUGCACGCCAAGGACAAGGGGGAUCUGGUUCCUCUUCAUAACGCCUGUUCGUACGGUCACUAUGAGGUCACCGAGCUGCUGGUGAAGCACGGAGCCUGUGUGAACGCCAUGGACCUGUGGCAGUUCACGCCUCUGCAUGAAGCGGCCUCCAAGAACCGUGUCGAGGUGUGCUCUCUGCUGCUCAGUUACGGAGCCGACCCGUCCUUCCUCAACUGUCACAAUAAAAGCUCCAUCGACCUCGCUCCCACAGCGCAGCUCAAAGAGCAACUGGCCUAUGAGUUCAGAGGUCACAGCCUGCUGCAGGCCGCCCGGGAGGCCGACGUGCUGCGAGUCAAGAAGCACCUGAGUCUGGAGAGCCUCAGCUUCAAACACCCGCACACCCAGGAGACGGCGCUGCAUUGUGCGUCUGCCUCUCCGUACCCGAAGAGGAAACAAGUGUGUGAACUUCUGCUGAGGAAGGGCGCCAACGUCAACGAGAAGACGAAAGACCUGCUGACUCCUCUCCACAUCGCAUCGGAGAAAUCCCACAACGACGUCAUCGAGGUGCUGGUCAAACAUGAAGCCAAGGUGAACGCGGUGGAUCAUCUCGGCCAGACGGCGCUGCAUCGAGCCGCCCGCUGCGGACACCUGCAGACCUGCAGACUGCUGCUGAGCGCCGGCUGCGACCCGCUGCUCACGUCGCUGCAGGGACUGUCGGCGUCGCAGCUCGGCAACGAGAGCGUGCAGGAGAUUCUGCAAGCAGAGGGAGUCCUGAUCGGGAACUCUGAGGUGGACCGACAGCUGCUGGAAGCCUCCAAAACUGGAGAUCUGGACGUCGUCAAGAAGCUCUGCACGAUGCAGAACGUGAACUGCAGGGACGUGGAGGGUCGACAGUCGACGCCGCUGCACUUCGCCGCCGGCUACAACCGCCUGGCCAUCGUCCAGUUCCUGCUGCAGCACGGAGCCGACGUGCACGCCAAAGAUAAAGGAGGUCUGGUUCCUCUCCAUAACGCCUGCUCAUACGGUCACUACGAGGUCGCCGAGUUGUUGGUCCUUCAUGGCGCUGUGGUGAACGUGGCUGACCUCUGGAAGUUCACACCGCUGCACGAAGCUGCUGCCAAGGGCAAAUACGACAUCUGCAAACUCCUGCUGCAGCACGGCGCCGACCCGACCAGGAAGAACCGUGACGGGAACACGCCUCUGGAUCUGGUGAAGGACGCAGACACGGACAUCCAGGACCUGCUGCGAGGAGACGCCGCGCUGCUGGACGCCGCCAAGAAAGGCUGCCUGGCCCGAGUGAAGAAACUCUGCACGCACGACAACGUCAACUGCAGAGACACACAGGGGAGACACUCCACACCGCUGCACCUGGCAGCGGGCUACAAUAACCUGGAGGUGGCGGAGUACCUGCUGCAGCACGGAGCCGAAGUCAACUCUCAAGACAAAGGAGGACUGAUUCCUCUGCAUAACGCUGCCUCCUACGGGCACGUAGACGUGGCCGCUCUGCUCAUCAAGUACGACGCCUGCGUCAACGCCACCGACAAGUGGGCGUUCACGCCGCUGCACGAGGCUGCUCAGAAGGGCCGGACGCAGCUGUGUGCCCUCCUGUUGGCUCACGGCGCCGACCCCACCCUCCGAAACCAGGAGGGACAGUCGUCUCUGGACCUGGUCACGGCUGAUGAUGUGCGGGCGUUGCUGACAGCAGCCAUGCCUCCCUCUGCUCUCCCCGGCUGUUAUAAACCUCAGGUCAUCAGCGUGGCGGCGACGGCCUCUGGUGCUCCACCUGUCGCUGUGGUCCCACCACUUCUCUCCUCCUCCUCCUCUUCCUCCUCCUCCUCCUCCUCCUCCUCUGGUCUUGACGCCACAGCAGCAGCUACGACAAACAGCAACACCGCCGCCGCUGCUCCUUCUAAUGCUUCAAACUCAUCACAGCCGUCGUCUUCAAGUUCCUCUGCGUUUCCUGAGAUGUCGGCGCUGCUGUCGGCGGUCGAAGGCUCGCUGGGCGCUGAGAAAAAAGAGGACGGUGAUGUUGAGUUCAGUAUCUGUCAGUUCUUGAAGAAUUUGGGACUGGAGCAUCUUCUGGAGAUCUUCGACAGAGAGCAGAUCACUCUGGAUGUGCUGGUGGAGAUGGGUCACCGUGAGCUGAAGGAGAUCGGCAUCAACGCCUACGGACACCGACACAAGAUCAUCAAAGGCGUGGAGAGGCUCAUCAGCGGGCCGCAGAGUGUGAACCCCUACCUGACUUUGAACACAGCCAACAGCGGGACGAUCCUGAUCGAUCUUGCUGCCGAUGAUAAAGAGUUUCAGUCGGUGGAGGAGGAGAUGCAGAGUACGAUCAGAGAGCACCGAGACGGCGGACACGCUGGAGGAGUAUUCAACAGAUACAACCUGGUCAAGAUCCAGAAGGUUUGCAACAAGAAGCUGUGGGAGAGAUACACCCACCGCAGGAAGGAGGUUUCAGAGGAAAACCACAACCACUCCAACGAGCGCAUGCUCUUCCACGGCUCUCCGUUCGUAAACGCCAUCAUCCACAAAGGUUUUGACGAGCGUCACGCCUACAUCGGCGGGAUGUUCGGCGCCGGGAUCUACUUCGCCGAGAACUCGUCAAAGAGCAACCAGUACGUCCACGGGAUCGGAGGAGGGACGGGCUGUCCGCUGCACAAAGACCGCUCCUGCUACGUGUGCCACAGGCACCUGUUGUUCUGCAGGGUGACUCUGGGGAAGUCCUUCCUGCAGUUCAGCGCCAUGAAGAUGGCUCACUCUCCGCCGGGUCACCACUCGGUCACCGGCAGGCCGAGCGUGAACGGCCUCGCUCUGGCCGAGUACGUCAUCUACAGAGGAGAGCAGGCGUACCCGGAGUACCUGAUCACGUACCAGAUCAUGAAGCCUGACGAGUCUGCAGACGGAUGAGGAGGUCGGGGCGUCGGCUGCAGGAGGAGAAAUGCAGAAGAAGAGCGCUCGCCUCGUCCUGUCAGCUGAGCCUUUGCGUCACUAACUGCAUGCACAAAGACAAACUUUAUUUAUACAAUGUAUAAAAAACAUGUAGGUUUUUAUCAGGUGUUUUCUUUUCUAUGGUUUGUUUAUGCACUUUAUGAAUCCCGGGUUGUAUCAUGACGUGAUGUGAUGUGACUGUUGAUUUUGUCCUUUUGUCACUAAAUCGGUAUCAGUUCAGGGCGCGGCACUUUUUGAGGAGAUGUGUCACUUUCAUCACGUCACUUAGACACAAAGCACGCCAUCGACAGUUGGAUUUGGAUUAGAUAACAUAGACGUCGUUGUCCUGGUGGGAUGUAUUUUCUAAACUCAGAUUCUGUUGUUUUGUCUCCGCUCUGCUGACAGCUGAGGACAGUCUGUCCGUCCAACCCUUCUCGUAAACAUGAUAUCUUAAGAACGCCAUGAGGGAUUUUCUUUAAAUUUGGCACAAACGUCCACUUGGACUCAAUGAU